AUGCACCGGACCCAGUCUGCGGCCACAUAUCUUGUUGGUCAAUCUGUUGAGAAACAAAACGACAGUCGGAUGUUACUUGACCACCAAGUGCCCGAUAGUGUACAGUCAGUAUCGCAUAAGCAGGCGGACCUAAUCCCGGAGACAGAGAUUAAUGAAUUAAACCAACUACAUGUCAGUUGUCGAGACAUGCAUAAUGGGCCGUGUGCUGGCCUUCAAGACAUAAGACGCGACUACGAGAAGCAUAUUAAUGCUAUUAAUCAUUACCGUGAAAUUGAGAGAAAGGAAUUGAACGAGACAAAGAUGAUGCUCACUUCUUCCAUGCUAGACUAUGCAACACUGCUCUCCGAAUUCCAACAGGCGCAAGAUGCAUCAGACUCCCAGAAUCAAUACUUUCAAACAAUUAUCCAUAAAUUGUCGACUGAGCUAGAUGCGACAAAGGCUACCUAUUGGAAAGACGUCCAGUCUAUUCUUCUUGAUUACCAAAGGUCCGAGGCAAAGCUUCGUAUAAUGCACGACGAGGCGAUUGCAGCGCAGAGGACCCUUGAAGAGCGGACUAAAACCCUAAAUGAGCUGGAAAUUCUCUUGGAAUAUGAGGGAGCAGCUCGUGAGCAGCUCGACGAAGACCUUGCUUAUGCACAAAAUGCUCUGGCCAGUGAGUGUGAGGUUACUGCUCAGACUCCGGCUAACCAAGGCUGUAUUUCAGGCGCCCUUGCUCGCGAAUUGCGCCAGUCCGAAGCCCAACAAUCUAGAGAACGAUUAGUCGAGGAUUUUAUUACAAGGCUAAUCGCCCAGAUUUCCGAUGCUACGCACGUUGAUCAAUGUGACAUCUCGUCGCACCAAACCCCCGAGGCAAUCGAUGUUCUAGCAAGGUAUCGUACGUUGGCGGCAAUUAUUGGAGAAUUUUCGACGGUUAUUGAAACAAACAAGGGAUUGACUACGAUGAUGUAG